CUGGACGCGAGCAGCCGGAGCCGGACACGGGCAGCGCCGCUCCCGCUACCUCUUGUUCGCGGGUCCUCGACACUCUCGUCCUUGCACGCUGACGGGUCGGUCCGGAGCCUCCGGGCGCCCUCUGUGUGGCCGCGAGGAGUUGUCUGCUACAGGGUAUAGGAGAUGCUGAUUAUAUGCCUAAAAUGAUUGCUGUGGCAUGGGAUCCAACAAACGGCUGUGUGUCCUUUCCUUACUUGAGAGGUUUUAUUCUGGGAUGGAUCAAGAGGAAUUAGUCCAGGAAGAACAUCCACGGACCUCGGAGGAGUCUUACUCGCUCUGUCGUUGGCUUGCUCAUCUGGCCAAGUAAUGAUGCCUGAACUGAACAAUUAAGGUUUCUAAAGUCAGAGAUCUUGAGAUUAAUAAUGGCAGGAAAGUCAUCACUUUUUAAAAUUAUUCUCCUUGGAGAUGGUGGAGUUGGAAAGAGUUCUCUAAUGAACAGAUAUGUGACUAAUAAGUUUGAUACCCAGCUUUUCCAUACAAUAGGCGUGGAAUUUUUAAAUAAAGAUUUGGAGGUGGAUGGACAUUUUGUUACCAUGCAGAUUUGGGACACGGCUGGUCAAGAACGAUUCAGAAGCCUGAGGACACCAUUUUACAGAGGGUCUGACUGCUGCUUGCUUACUUUUAGUGUUGAUGAUUCUCAAAGCUUCCAGAAUUUGAGUAACUGGAAGAAAGAAUUCAUAUAUUAUGCAGAUGUGAAAGAGCCCGAAAGCUUUCCUUUUGUGAUUUUAGGUAACAAGAUUGACAUAAGUGAACGGCAAGUGUCCACAGAAGAAGCCCAAGCCUGGUGCAGGGACAACGGUGACUAUCCUUACUUUGAAACAAGUGCAAAAGAUGCCACGAAUGUUGCAGCAGCCUUUGAAGAAGCAGUUCGAAGAGUGCUUGCUACUGAGGAUAGGUCAGAUCACUUGAUUCAGACAGACACAGUCAGUCUGCACCGAAAGCCCAAGCCUAGCUCAUCUUGCUGUUGAUGGUUAGAGAGGUUGCCCGCGUGUUCUGACCAGCUCACAUAUAUAUGCAGAUAAACACAGGGUGGAGGAAUUAGCAUUUGCAGCAAUGGAUCACCUACUUAUAAAAUUAAACUAACCAUAUGGCUGCCUCAUUAGUGGGUAGGAGAAGGGACACAUCCACUCACAGACGAAUCUAUUUACCCACUAAUGGCACCUUACAUUUAUAUAUUGUAACGGUUGUCUAAUAAUGUUUAAUUAAGUUACAGAGCUAAUGAGAUGAUCAAAAUUUAAUUUUAAUUAAAACGAAACACUUGAAUAUUCUAGAA